AUGUCUUUACCAACAGAAGCUACUGAAGUUAUAUUUGAAAGAGUUCCAGAAGGUGAUGGAGAAAUCAAAACUGAUGUCUCAAAACCUGAUUCAACAUUUGCUUUAAAAACUACUAAAUUGAAUACUGAAUUAAAAGAUGGUCAACUUUUAAUUAAAACUUUAUAUUUAUCAAAUGAUCCAACUCAAAGAACCUGGUUAAGAAAACAAGGUAAUAAUGCAAGAAGUUAUAUUCCACCAGUUUAUGAGGGUAAUGUAAUGGAAUCAUUAGGUUUAGGUGAAGUUUUAGAAUCAAAAUCUGAAAAAUAUUCUAAAGGUGAUAUUGUAAGUGGACGUAUCAAUUGGGCUGAUUAUGCUAUAUUACCAGACGUUAAAAUUUUUAAUAAAAUUGAUACAAAACAAGGUUUACCAUUACCUUAUUAUUUAUCAGUUUUAGGUAUGACUUCAUUAACUGCAUUUUUUGGAUUGACUGAAGCUGGUCAAUUACAUAAGUAUUUAAAAGAGAAACCUGAAGAUGGUAAAGGUCCAAUUGUUUGUGUUUCAGCAGCUUCUGGAGCUGUUGGAUCAACCGUUGUUCAAAUUGCUAAACAUUUACUCGGAGCAUCAAAAGUUAUUGGAUUAGCAGGAUCAGAUGAAAAAUGUAAAUGGGUUGAAAAAAUCGGUGCAGAUUUAUGCGUUAAUUAUAAAAACUCGGAUUAUCAAUCUAAAAUUAAAGACUUUUUAGGUGAUUCUUAUGUCGAUGUUUAUUUUGAUAAUGUCGGUGGAUCAAUUUUAUCAUUUUUAUUAUCAAACAUGAAAAAGUUUGGUAGAGUUGCAGCAUGUGGUUCGAUUUCAGGAUACAGUGAUCCAAAAUUAGCCUAUGUGACUACUUGGUUCGAGAUUGUCGCUCAAUGUAUUACAGUUGAAGGUUUCUUGGUUUCAAACUAUAAAGACAAAUUUCCCGAAGCCAUAAAAGUUUUAGGUGAUGCUAUUAAAGAUAAGAAAAUAGAUGUUGAUGAUUCAAUUCAUAUAGAAGAAUUAAAAGGUAACUCACCAGAUGAAAGAUUAUCAGAAAUCCCAAAAAUUUGGAAUCUAUUAUUUAGUGGUGAUAAACCACAUGGUAAAUUAUUAAUUAAAGUAGCUUAG